AUGCUCCGCAUUUGGCUUCUGCCGCUCGCCGCCAUUGCGGCAGAGGUCGGUCCGGUGGCCCCGCCGCCGCCGCUGGAGGCCGGCUGUGCGAGUCCUUUCCAGGACACGGUGGUGGCUCCGCUUCACUCGGCAGCUGACCAGUUGGAGCAUGUAGGGGCAGAACUUUUGAAGCGCCUUGCGCUGACAGUAUCCGACAAGACCAGUGAGGACGAGACCUUGUUGGAAAUGGGCACUGAACUUCGGAAGGCACUGGGCGAGGUGGUGCCGUUGUUGCUGCAAGCUCGGGACAACAGCUCGGCUGUUGACAUUGAUACGCGGCCUUCCAAUGCCUCGAAGGCCACUCUCGCCCAAAACGUCUUGCUGCACCUCCAGAAAUACUCGACUUGGGCUUGGCCUGUGCUGGACGGCUACUCGAAGGUGGCCUUUACUGAUGGCGAGCCCAUGACAGCCGACUUGAACAUGAGAAUGCAACGCGGCACUAAUGGCUCCUUGCAGUACUUGAGCUCCGUGUUGACCUUCGCCUGGGCAGCCGCGGAGUACCAGUUCCCAGUAAUCGAGGACCUCAUGGCAAGGAAUGACAGCAGCGGUGAGGUGGUCGCCAAGGCGGGUUGCUCCGCCAACUACGCGCAGUUGCUUGGGGACAUCACGAAGGUCUUUUCCGAUCUCUCAAACUCCAAGAUCUAUUGCUUCGAGUCGCUCACCAACAAGACCGCCCAGCGCGAGUGCGCGCAGAAUAGCAUCAAGUCACUCGAGAAGGUAACAGCAGCCAUCGCAGAGGCGGCGAAUGCGAUGUGGCAGUGCUUCGGCAUCUUCUGGGGGUGUUCCCAGUUGAUGAACUCGGCCUACAACAAGCUGUCACAGGCUUACUAUGCAAGCUUCAAAAUGUCCAGCAAAUGCAGCAUCGACAAGGAUGCCACUUGCGACGAGGACUUCUAUGCCUUCAAGGCAUUGGGAUCUCUCAGCGCAGCAAAAGGUUUGCUGCAGUCUGCUCAGCAGGAGUGUGACAUCAAAGGAGGCACCCUGGAGCAUCCGCUCAAUCCCUGGGCCGCUACGCCUUUCAUGCCCCGGAAGGACCCCAAAUCGGCUGAAUGA